CAUAUCUCGCAUAUUUUUUAACAUAUCUUUGUGCUACCCAAGUCUCAACAGUAGCUGGGCAAGAUAAAAUAUUUUGAGUGCACAAAAAUAAAAUAAUUACUAAGACUUAUAAUAAGUGUGUGUGUUUAAAUUCUUUACCAGUUACUAUUAAUUUAUUUCAAAUACGAAUAAAUAGAAUACAAAUUUUAUAAUAGUUGUACUAUGUGGCUAUAAGUUGCGUGAAGGAGAGAUCGAAUAUUACAGUUUGUCCAUUCCCCAAUGGAGUACACGGCGCAAAAUUUAGAAUAUGCCGUAUCUGUGUUCUAUAAUGGAGAGCAAGUGGAGAGAGCGAAAGCUCAUGCGUGGCUCACUGCUGGGCAAAGGGCUCCAGAAGCUUGGAAGUUCCUGUGGGAAUUACUUCAACCAACCAAGAGCACAGAGAUCCAAUUUUAUGGAGCUACAACACUGCAUACAAAGAUCCUUCGUUGUUGGAAUGAAUUGCCACCUGAAAGCUAUGAGGAACUGAAAAAUAAACUCUUGCAAGCUAUAUUUGCUUACUCAAAGGGCCCUAAGAUUGUUACUAAUAGAUUGUGUAUCAGUUUGGCAGCAUUUAUUCUUCAGCAGGGAACACUAGAUUUUCCCGCAAUACUGAGACCAUUGUCAACAAUUGAAAACAGUAGUCUCCUACUGGAUGUUCUCACUGUAAUGCCUGAAGAAUAUAACAGCAUGACUAUGGGUUCUGCUCUGCGGGCUAAAAAUCGUGCUGCACUGCAGCAAGCGUGUCCAGCCGUCUUAGAUGACAUGCUUGGACAUUUGCAGUCCGCAUAUAAUAAGUUCAGUGCACCGCCGUCGGAGGAGCUAGUGCAAUCGUGGACCGCGGCAGCGUUAUGCGCGAGCAGCUGGCUCAUGCUAGGUGGCGAUGAUUCGCCAGACAGCAUCAUACCGCUGCCAGAUCGCAUGCCGCUGUGUCGAGCUCUACUCACUGCCGUGCAUGUUCUAUACACAUGGAACGAGGCGGUGAGUGACACUGUGCUGGACGCGUGCGAGUCGUGCCUGGCGGCGGUGCGCGCGGCGGGCGGCGGGUCGGACGCGGCGCGCUACUCGCACGCGGCGCUGCAGCUGCUCACGCUGCUCGGCGACCUCGCCGCGCCCAUCAUGCAGCGCGACAACGUGCCCAACUCCAUUAACGAGGAGAUAGUAUCGGCCUUGAUAACGUGCUGCGUGGCGCUCGGCGAGACGCACUCACGCGCGCUGGUGCAGGCGAUACAGGCGGACACAGUGGAGGCGCCGGGCGAGGCGGGGGAGGAGCAGCGCGGCGCGCGACAGCUGCUGCAGCUGCUGCUGGCUGCGCAGGCCGCGCCCGGACACUACCCGCUGCACGAGACGCGCUCCAACCUCGUCUUCGGCUUCUGGUACACUUUACAGGACGAAGUGCUGAACUUAGUAAUGGAUGGCAGUCAUGAUAUUCACCCUCUGUGGAAAGACGUGUUCUCACAGUUGCUCAUGAUUCUGAUAAACAAGUCUGAAGUGCCCGUCGAGUCGGCGCUGUCGCGAGAUGAUCACGAACUGCUACGGUGCUAUCGGCAAGACAUUGCUGAUACUGUGAUGUAUUGUUUUGCGGUGGUGGGCGAGUGGUGCUGGUCGAGCGUGGAAGCGACGCUGCAGGGCGCGACGAGCGAGACGCGGCGCGAGGCGGUGCUGCACGUGACCGCCGCGCUCGCCGACGCCGCGCCGCACGAGCACGCGCCGCGCCCGCUGCUCGCGCUACUCGACCACGCCGUCGCCACCGUGCACUCCGCCGACUCGGCGCGCAUACUCAACACCGCGCUCGACUGCCUCGGCGGGUACGCGUCGUGGCUGAGCUCGGUGCAGAGCGCGCGCGCGGCGGCGCUGAGCCGCGAGUGCGUGCGCGCGGCGGGCGGAGCGCUGGACCGCGCGCCCGCGCCCGCCGCGCUCGCGCUGCGCAAGCUCUGCGCCGAGUGCAUCGGGCCCGCCGCCGACCUCGUCGCCGACAUCGUUCAAGCUGCACAGAGCGCGUGCGUGCGGCGCGACGCGUGGGUGCGGCGGCAGGUGGCGAGCGCGGCGGGCGCGGCGCUGGCGGCCGCACCGCUCGCCGCCGCCGCGCCGCUGCUGCGGGACUUCGCCGCCACGCUGCGGGACGACCUCGCGCCGCAGCGAAUGGACGCGAACGCAAUCUGCGGUUCGGCGGAGUGUGUGGCGGCGCUGCUGGCUGCGCUGGCGCCGCGGCCGCAGCUCGCCGCCGCGCUGUUCCGCGACCUGGCGCCCACGCUGCCCGGCCUCGCGCAGAACCACUCGCUCGUAGAGCCGAUGUUCAACAUUCUGAAACAGACUGUAUCUACUCUGAUGGAUGACUGCAUGCAGAUCAUCUCAGAGAUCGCACAACUAAUAGUGACGGGAUUCAACUGCUUUCCAUCCGCCGCCGGCCUGGAUGUGGUCAAACUCGUAGUGCUAAUGGUGGGCGGGUCGUGGGCGGGUGCGAGCGCGUUGCUGCACGCGACGGUGGACUGCAGUGCGCGUGCGCUGGCGCCCGACCCUUCCGCGCGGCCCGACCUCACCGAGGGACUCUUCUGUCUGCUGCACGCGCUCACCAAGAAGAAGCCUCAGUUUAUCGACUGGAUCGAUGACCUGCUAUACGAUCUCAUUCAGUUGGGCGUGUCGUGCGUGCGCAUGUGGGAGGCGGGCGGGUCGCGUGGCGCAUGCGCGUGGCUGGCGGCGCUGGCGGCGCGGCGGCCGCGCACGUUGCUGCCCCACGCGCCGACGCUCACCGCACACGCACUGCGCUGCAUAGGCGGUGCGACGCCGCGUAACCAAAUCGAGCCACUGGCCGAGCUGCUGCUGGCGCUGAACCGCGCGCAGUGGUCGGACGGCGCGGGCGCGGGCGCGGACGCGGGCGGCGACGCGGCGGGCGGCGGGCUCGCGGCGUGGCUGCGGCAGGCGCUGGCCGUGCAGGGCUUCCCCACGCGCCACGCCACCGACGCACACAAACACAAGUUCAUCGCCGCCGUCAUCAAAGAAAAGAGCAGUAAACGACGUUUACUAGAAACAGUCCAAGAGUUCUCACUAGCGUGCCGAGGACUUAUCGGCACAGAAUACGCAAGACAGACGCUGGGCUCCAAACAAUUCGUUGCGUAGACACCUGCCGACCACCGGCGUUACUUUGCAAGAUAAUAUGCUGAAAAUGAAACUACAUUUUCUGUGGACAAAUUCACACGGCGUUGUACUCUAAAAGACAAAGUUAAGAUGGUUCGGUGCAAGUACCUUGUCGUGCGAACGAAGCAUUACCGUUAAGUUCUAUUAGCUUUCAAACCCGGAGAACUUUAGCACAAAUCCUGGCAAGAUUGCCAUAAACUCUUAGUAUUGUAGAGAAGUGAAAUUAUUAUUGCGACACUUCAUUCGGUCAGAAUAACUUAUUGUCUAUCUCUGCAAAUCAGUCUUCCUUAAAUAGUGGUUUAAUGGUUUGAUACAACUUACAUAUUAUUAUGAUUUAACAUUAUUUUGUGCACGAAAAAUAAACGAUGUUUCCGCAAUAAGUGUACUAAUAAUAAGUGUUUUUGUUACUAUUAUUUAUAAGUGUAAGCAAUAAUUGUAUUAUUUAUUGUCCAUAAUUUAUGUCCUAGAUUUAGAUUGUUUUGACUGGUAAUUAGUAAUUACUAUAAUUGUUUUAUGUUACUAUUUUGAGGUGAAUUGACACACUGCGGACAUGACUAAUGUUGCUCGCACUAUAAAUAUGUAUUUUCGACUAGUGUAAUAAAUUAAAAACUGUGACACCCUAUUACUAGUGAAUCUUCCAUAUUUAAAAUUAGGGGCACUACGUUGACAAACUUACUGUUAUCCAUUCACGUUAACAAAAUAGCGAGUAAUUGAUUGAGUGAACAUAGUUGUGCUAUAAUUAUAUAUUGUUCCUAUUUAUUUAUUAAUUUUAAAAAUGAAAUCACCUACUCGAUAUUGAAACCAACUCCCCUAUUUGUAAGGAUAAAAUGCAUUCAUCAAUAAUAAUUAUUGAUAGCGCAGAAAGACGUAUGAUGACAAUGUUUUAAAACAGGUAAACGGCGUGAUCUAAAUACGAACAUGGAAAACAGUUUAAUAAAAAUACCGAAUAUAUGCGAUUUGCGACCUAGUUUAUAACAUUACUGCUAAACCAAAAAUGAUCAAGACAUCUUUUGCAUUCUAUAUUAUUAAAAUUUUUCCUGUCUGUGAGUACUUCCUAACCCCUUAGUUUCACUGUUAACUUACUAUAUUCUUAACGCAAAUGGACUAGUGUAGCAUGGCAAGUUCAGCAGGUCUUCACCAGAUGAUGCUGUGCAGGGUAUAUUUUUGCGGAUCGUAGACCACGUUAUUUGGACUACUCUGUAUGGUGUUAAAUGAAGUCACUAUAAAACAAAAAUCAAAUAUGUAUAAAAGUAAAAUACUUGUCGAUUUGUUUGGAAUUGAGCCAGUAAUAAUGAUACUGGGUGGAAUGUCGCACUGAUUCCAUUUUAAUUACAUUAACUCAUAUUGGACUUUCGAGUAGCAGCGAAUUUAGCGUCGAUUGUAUUUUAGAAAGAUUUUAAACUAUUGAUUAGAGAUCUGCAUGUUGAAAAGGUUAUUUUUAGUAGCAACUAUAAUAUUAUAGUGUACAUAAACGUGAUACCAUUGUAUAUACCGUGGUGAUUAAAAGUUUCUAUAACGUAUUUCAUGUGAAAUAAAAUAAUCAACCUUA